AUGCACCCACUCUCUACAAUUCUCGUCGGUAUUGAUGAGCCCGAUUACCUUAAAUUUCUUGUCCAUCCUGAACAUCUUUCAUCCCUGGACAAAAACAACGUCAUUGGUUGUCCAUUGCUUGUUCAGGUCAACUACUUUGAAUGCGGCAGAGUCGCAAUCACUGUCUCCAUUUCACAUAAAGUAGCUGAUGCAUCUAGCAUAUCUGCAUUCGUGAAUGAUUGGGCUUCCAUGGUGGCGCGACGGCAAAAGAAUUACGUCCCAUCUCAUCGAUUCAAUGGAGCUUCUCUCCUCCCACCGGAACUUGAAGAAGUUCCAGCUCCGAGCAAUACCAACAUAAACAUAAGAAGGAGGUCGGAAAAUAGCAGCACAAACAGUCGUCUCAAAGGGAUUUUUCUUCAGCGAUACGAAAAUCGCGCAACUCAAAUCCAUGGCAGCUGGUUAUGAUUUGGAUAGUCCAAAUCGGGUGGAAGUUGUGACCGCACUCUUCUAUCGGUGUGUGCCAUGAUCGCGUCAACGGCGAAAUCGGGUUCCUUCCACCAGGCUUCUGUGUUGUGGAACUCCUUCAACUUUCUGAUAAAACACUUGAUUUUGAAUUACAGACAACUUCUACUGGAAAUUUUGUUUACGGGUUUGCCAUACAUACUUCUGAAUUUUGAUUCAGCCAUUCAGGGAUUGAUAAGCAGGAAUUUUUGGAGCUUGUACAUCAAAUACGGGAUACUAAAACAAGACACCGAGAUUUCUACAUUAGCCUCAAGUUUGCUGCAGCGAAAUAGAGGUCGUCCUCAUCGUCGGCUGCAUUGCCGAAGGCCGUAAAUAUUGGAGAAGAAAAAAAGAGUGGAAACAAG